AUGUUCGGAGCUUUGAAUCGAAUUAUCGAGCGUCUGGAUUCCGACCCUGUCCAACGCCCUCGGUCGCCUUCUACCGGCGACCGAGGAUUUGGCUUCCAGGUGCUCCGCAACAAGGACGCGGAGCUACCCCUAGAGCCAUGGUUUGAUUUCAUCAUUGGCAUUAAUGGUCGUCUAAUCGAGGAUCCGGACCCGAAUUUGUUCGCGACUGAGGUUCGCAACUGCGCUGGCUCCAGCGUAGCGUUCGAGAUCUGGAGUGCCAAGGGUCAACGGACACAUACGGUGUCCAUUCCCGUUCCGGUUUCCAACCCGACGCUCGGCCUUGCUCUCCAACUAGCUCCUCUCUCAUCGGCACAACACAUCUGGCAUAUCCUGAACAUCCCGUCACCGCUCAGCCCGGCAUACCGGGCUGGGCUGCUGCCACACUCGGAUUACAUUGUCGGGACCCCGAGUGGAACACUACGAGGCGAAUCCGCGCUGGGCGAGUUAGUAGAGGACCACCUGAACCGCACAUUAGUUCUCUGGGUAUACAAUAGCGAAUUUGACGUCGUGCGUGAGGUGGAGCUGGUACCCACUCGGGGUUGGGGCGGACAGGGUGCUUUGGGCGCGGAGCUGGGAUACGGUGCCUUACAUCGACUGCCUGUGGGGUUGGGCGAAGAAGUCGAGGAGCCUGGCGAGGUUGUAUUCGAGACGCAGGACGACGGCACCUCUGCACCUGUGAUGGCUCCCCGGAAUCCGACUCAGAACGCUCGAGAAGCUUCUCCAGCUAUGGGAGGGCACUUCCUCGUCCCCGCGAACAUGUCCUCGCCGCCCCCGUUGGCCUCGCAGGCUGGUACUGCCCCUGGACAUGCGACGUCGAGCACUCGGCGGGGAAAGACCCGACACGCGGGAGUAUCGCCCAACCGAGCGUUUGACGAGUAUUUCGCCGAGGGAGAGCAGAAGAGCAAGGAACAAGACUUUGCGCCGUCGCGCAAGGCCUCUCCGUUGCCCCCUCCUCCCAAAGCCGGCGUGCGCCCUCCGCCGACCGCCGAAGAAACGAGCGAGCCACAGCACGAAUAG